AUGGCAGCGAGCAUCAUGAGCAGGGAGGAGCGUUGGAGCCUGGCGGGCAAGACGGCGCUCGUCACCGGCGGAACCAAGGGGAUCGGGCGCGCGAUCGUGGAGGAGCUCGCCGGGUUCGGCGUCCGCGUGCACACCUGCUCCCGGAGCGAUGCCGACGUGCAGGAGCGGCUGCGAGGGUGGGGCGCCGACGUCAACACGGGGCGCCUGCGCGGGCGCGUCACAGCCUCCACCUGCGACGUCUCCGUGCGCGCCGACAGGGAGGCGCUCUGGGCCGCGGCCCGCGCCGAGCUCGGAGGGAGGCUGGACAUCCUCGUCAACAACGCCGGGCAGACCUUCUUCAGCGAAGUGGCAGGGACCAGGGAGGAGGACUACGCCCGCCUCAUGGCCACCAACCUCGAGUCCUGCUUCCACCUCGCCCAGCUCGCGCACCCGCUUCUCCUUCUCUCCAACGGCGGAGGAGUGGUGGUGAACGUGUCCUCCAUCGGCGGGAUUCUCGGCUACCCGCAGCUGUCCGUGUACUCGGCGACCAAGGCGGCCGUGAACCAGCUCACCCGUAACCUCGCCGUCGAGUGGGCGCCCGACGGCAUCCGCGUCAACUGCGUCGCGCCUGGAGGCGUCCGGUCGGACCUCCUCGACAGCAGCGGCAUCCAGCUUGACGCGGAGGCGGCGGCGAGGAUGUGGGAGGCGGAGAGUGCGCGCAUCCCUUUGGGUCGCCUAGGCGAGCCGGAGGAGGUCGCGUCCCUCGUCUCCUUCCUCUGCAUGCCUGCAGCGUCCUAUAUAACUGGGCAGGUCAUGUGCGUCGACGGUGGCCGCACCGUCGCCGCCUAA